AUGGCGGGAGCUCGGUUUCCGUGUGGAAGGCUUGAUCAACAGCAAGAUUUAGAAGUACACAAGCUGAUUCGGCAUGUGACAGGCCUGCAGGAUGAAACUGACUCUAACUUCCAACUCGCUCUACAUUUUGCUUGGUCCAACUUCAGAUUUCAUCAUUUCUUGGAUGUCAACAGUCAUAAAGUAGAAAAGACCGUGGCAGGAGUUCAUGAAAAACUUAUCAUUCAUUCUGAUAUCAACAAAGCUGCCAGUUGGAAGAGAUUAACUGAAGAAUUUCUAAAUACAUCGCUUCCAAAUAUAAAUGAAACAAAGACAGAUGCACAUUAUUCCAUUCUAUCACUUCUUCUUUGUCUUUCGGAUUCUCCUUCUAACAGCAAUUAUGUGGAAAUACAAGGAAAUAAAGAAGUGGAAAAGAAAGAUGAUUUUGACUGGGGAAAAUACUUACUAGAAGGUGAAGAAAUUGACUUUGUUCUUAGUGCAGACUCACCAAAUUGGUCUGAAGAAAGUGAAAGUGAGGAUGAGCAACAGCCCUUAAGCAGAGAAGACUCUGGGAUCCAGGUCGACAGGACACCGUUAGAAGAACAAGAUCGAAAUAGAAAACCAGAUCUUCAUGCCAUCUGUGAAGAUGAGAUAGAUGACCAGAACUGGUUGGAACAGCAUGUGGUUGCUCAGUACUGGACAGUCAGGCUUGUGUGGUUUCCUCAUAGUUUACAUUUACACUCCAACCUAGCUGCUUUUUGGGAUCAACACUUGUAUAGCAGUGAUUCAUUAUAUGUUCCAGAAGAUAGAGUUUUUGUUACCGAGACCCAGGUUAUUCGGGAAACCCUAUGGUUACUUUCAGGAGUGAAAAAACUCUUUAUAUUUCAGUUGGUAGAUGGGAAGAUAACAGUGAGAAAUAAUAUUGUAGUAACUCAUUUGACACAUAAUUGUUUACAGUCAGUACUAGAACAAAUAGCAGAAUUUGGCCAGGUUGUUUUUCGACUCCAGGAGUUCAUUGAUGAAGUUAUGAGGCACAGUUCAGACAAUAUAUUACCUGGAAAUAAUUCUGUAACUGAAGCUCCCUUUAGGACCUACCAGGCUUUCAUGUGGGCCCUGUACAAAUACUUCAUUAGUUUCAAAAAGGAACUUACAGAAAUUGAGAAGUGUAUUAUUAAUAAUGAUACAACAGUAACUCUUUCUGUAGUGGUGGAUAGAUUAUCACCUCGACUGGCUCAACUCAAGAUUCUGCACAAAGUAUUUAGCACUGGAGUAGCUGAAGUUCCACCUGACACACGAAAUGUUGUUCGUGCUUCUCACCUACUCAACACACUAUACAAGGCCAUUCUUGAAUAUGACAGUGUUGGAGAAGCCUCUGAGCAAACUGUCUCUCUUCUGUUCUCCCUCUGGGUGGAAACUGUGCGUCCUUACCUACAGACUGUAGAUGAGUGGAUAGCGCAUGGACACCUUUUUGAUUGUGCAAAAGAAUUCAUCAUCCAAAGAAACAAAAAUGUUCCAGUAAACCAUAGAGACUUUUGGUAUGCAACGUACACAUUGUACAGUGUAUCAGAAAAGACUGAAAAUGAAGAAAAAAUGAGUGAUAAUGCUAGUGCCAGUUCUGGUAGUGACCAGGGAUCUUCUAGCAGGCAGCACACCAUGGUUUCCUUCCUCAAACCUGUCCUUAAACGGAUUAUAAUGGCUGGCAAAUCCAUGCAACUGCUUAAGAAUCUUCAGUGUGUGGAAAACUCCAGGUGCCAGGCAGCAGCAAGAGAUGCAGAAAGAAAAAGUUUAUAUAGCCUUUUUUUGGAAUCUUUGCAGUCUCGUCUUCGGCAUGGAGAAGAUAUCACUCCACAUAUCCAUACUGAGCAACAGAUGACUAAAGAGAGCCUGAUUAAGAUGCAGUCCAUUGCCGAAAGACACCAGGAACUGGAUGAUAUUCAUGACCCACUGCUGGCGAUUAACUUUGCAAGGUUGUAUUUGGAACAGAGUGAUUUUCAUGAAAAGUUUGUUGGUGGUGAUAUUUGUAUGGAUAGAUCAUCAGAAUCUGUUACAUGCCAGACUUUCGAAUUAACACUGAGAUCUUGCCUAUAUCCUCAUAUCGAUAAACAAUACCUAGAUUGCUGUGGAAAUCUCAUGCAAACUCUUAAAAAAGAUUACAGGUUGGUAGAGUACUUGCAAGCCAUGAGGAAUUUCUUCUUAAUGGAAGGUGGUGAUACCAUGUAUGACUUCUAUACCUCAAUUUUUGAUAAAAUAAGAGAAAAGGAAACCUGGCAGAAUGUUUCUUUUCUUAAUGUCCAGCUCCAAGAAGCAGUAGGACAGCGUUAUCCUGAAGAUAGUUUACGUCUAUCUAUAUCAUUUGAAAAUGUUGACACAGCUAAGAAGAAACUCCCGGUUCAUAUGUUAGAUGGUCUAACCCUGAGCUACAAGGUCCCUUGGCCUGUGGACAUUGUUAUUAGUUUGGAAUGUCAAAAAAUAUAUAACCAGGUGUUCCUUCUUUUAUUGCAAAUAAAGUGGGCGAAGUAUAGUCUGGAUGUUUUACUAUUUGGUGAACUGAUUAGUACUGCUGAAAAAUCACAGGAUAAAGGACUACGCCAACAAAACAUGAAUGCUAAAUUUGGACCACAAAAGAAAUCAAUAAGACAGCAGAUUCAUCGAAUGUUCCUCUUACGAGUGAAGCUUAUGCAUUUUGUGAACAGUUUACACAACUACAUCAUGACAAGGAUUCUUCACAGUACAGGGCUGGAAUUUCAACAUCAAGUUGAAGAAGCCAAGGAUUUAGAUCAAUUGAUUAAAAUUCACUAUAGAUAUCUGUCAACUAUCCAUGAUCGAUGUCUCCUAAGAGAAAAGGUUAGUUUUGUUAAAGAAGCCAUAAUGAAGGUAUUGAAUUUGGCACUUAUGUUUGCAGAUGGGUGGCAAGCAGGUCUAGGAGCUUGGAAGAUGGAAUCUAUAGAAAAGAUGGAAUCUGAUUUUAAAAACUGCCAUAUGUUUCUUGUAACCAUUUUAAACAAAGCUGUUUGUAGAGGGUCUUUUCCACAUUUGGAAUCUCUAGCACUGUCACUCAUGGCUGGUAUGGAACAAAGUUAAAUAUGUUGAGAUAAAU